GCCAAAUUGUCCUGAAGAAUGACUACCAGGAGGAUUUCUGGAAAGUAAAGGAGUUCCUACAAAGCCAGGUAGCCUCAUGGCUGCAACCUGUGAAAUUAGCAACAUUUUUAGCAACUACUUCAGUGCUAUGUACAGCUCAGAGGACCCCACCCUGGCUUCUGUUCCCGCUGCUGCCACCUUUGGAGCUGAUGACUUGGUGCUGACCCUGAGCAACCCCCAGAUGUCGCUGGAGGGUACAGAGAAGGCCAGUUGGUUUGGGGAGCAGCCCCAGUUCUGGUCGAAGGCCCAAGUUCUGGACUGGAUCAGCUACCAAGUAGAGAAGAACAAGUAUGACGCCAGUUCCAUCGACUUCUCGAGGUGUGACAUGGAUGGGGCCACCCUCUGCAACUGUGCCCUUGAGGAGCUGCGUCUGGUCUUUGGGCCUCUGGGGGACCAACUUCAUGCCCAGCUGCGGGACCUCACUUCCAACUCUUCUGAUGAACUCAGCUGGAUCAUUGAGCUGCUGGAGAAGGAUGGCAUGGCCUUUCAGGACACCCUGGAAGACCCAGGUCCCUUUGACCAGGGAAGCCCUUUCACCCAGGAGCUGCUGGACGAUGGCCGCCAGACCAGCCCCUAUUAUGGCAGCAGUUAUGGCACAGGAGCCCCAUCCCCUGGCAGCUCUGAUGUCUCCACCGCAGGAACUGGCACUUCUCAGAGCUCCCACUCCUCAGACUCCGGUGGAAGUGAUGUGGACCUGGACUCCACUGAUAGCAAGAUCUUCCCCAGAGAUGGCUUUCCUGACUACAAGAAGGGGGAACCCAAGCACGGGAAGCGGAAACGAGGCCGGCCCCGAAAACUGAGCAAAGAGUACUGGGAGUGCCUGGAAGGCAAGAAGAGCAAGCAUGCCCCCAGAGGCACCCAUCUGUGGGAGUUCAUCCGAGACAUCCUCAUUCACCCUGAGCUCAAUGAAGGCCUCAUGAAGUGGGAGAAUCGGCACGAGGGUGUUUUCAAGUUCCUGCGCUCCGAGGCCGUGGCUCAGUUGUGGGGCCAAAAGAAAAAGAAUAGCAACAUGACCUAUGAGAAGCUGAGUCGGGCCAUGAGGUACUACUAUAAACGGGAGAUCCUGGAGCGGGUAGACGGCCGGCGGCUCGUCUACAAGUUCGGCAAGAAUUCCAGUGGCUGGAAGGAAGAGGAGGUUGUCCAGAGUCGUAACUGAGGGUCAGAACUGGACCCAGGACCUGACUCACAGACUCAGACUGAAGGCCUGUGGCCUUCCUGGGAGGACAGGCAGGGUGGAUGGCCCCCUCUGUGUGGACGUGCUCCUUGUUGU